AUGGCGAAGACAUCGGAUGAAGGCUCCAAGAAGCCGUUUAGUGCUGAACUCGUUAAAGAAAUUUACUAUACGGAGUUAACUGUUAAAGGUGGAAGAAAGCCAGUGCCAUUGCAGAGGGUGAUGAUAUUGGAAGUCAGUCAGUACCUAGAGAAUUACCUUUUGCCAAACUUUGAUCAGGAGACUGCUACAUUUGAGCAUGUAAUGUCGAUGAUACUUAUGAUCAAUGAGAAGUUUCGAGAGAAUGUGGCUGCUUGGAUUUGUUUCUAUGAUAGGAAGGAUAUGUUUAAGGCAUUUCUCGAGAAGGUUCUUUGCCUAAGAGAGUAUUUGAUUUCUGUUUUAUCUUUACAAGCCUGUUACACAGAGACAACCAAUUAUCUACUUUUCAGGAUCAAUGCUUUUCAGCUUCACAGAUUAGCUAGUGUAUCUGAAAUUCUUUCGACAAUAGAAACAGAAGAGAUGCAACACUGA